AUGUCGCAGUCCACGUCCAGCCCGCUCAAACUUGAAGGCAAGGUAGCUAUUGUCACCGGCGGAGCAAGCGGCAUCGGCGAGUCCACCGUAAGUCUGUUCGCCGACAACGGCGUCAAAGUAGUCGUAAUCGCCGAUAUCCAAAACGACCGAGGACGCCAAGUCGCCGAAUCAAUCGGCAGCCAAAGGUGUAGCUACAUCCGCUGCGACGUAACAGACGAAAAUCAAGUGCAAUCAAUGGUGGAAUCAACGGUGAAAAAGUACGGAAAAUUGGACGUGAUGUUCAGCAACGCAGGAGUAUUAAGCAGCCAAGACCAAACAAUCCUGGACCUGGAUCUCUCUGCCUCAGACAAACUGUUCGAGGUGAACGUGAAGGGGAUGGCGGCGUGCGUGAAGCAUGCGGCUAGGGCGAUGGUUGAAGGGGGAGUAAGAGGGAGCAUCGUGUGCACGGGGAGUGUGGCUGCAGCGAAGGGGAGUAGACGGAGGACGGACUACUCUUGGAGGGAAGGGAAUAAGGGUGAAUUGCGUGUCGCCGAGUGGGAUAGCGACGGCGGCGACAUGUAG